UUCACUGGGAAGCGCAAAAUGGUCUUGAAUUGAAAUGUUUUUCUAUUUUCCGAAAUUUUCCGGCGAAAAAACACUGCUGGAAAAUGUUGUUCCGCUCAGCGAAAAGCAAGUUCGAUGCUGGAGACGUGGUGCGUCGAUUGAAGCGCUUGGCGGAGGGCACAAUGUCCUCCUACCGCCGAUUGUUCCUGCUCCUCUUCUGCGUUUGUGUGGUCUUCUAUAUGAUUCCGCCGAUCUUUCGCUAUAUCUUCCUUAGUGCCCCCGAACAGAAGGAUCCCCACAGUAUGUGCAUGGACGAUCGGCUGACGCCCUUCAUCCUCCAGAACUUUGAGUUCGAUGCGAAUAUCCGUCACGUGUCACCUGGUAAAAUGCCCGGCGAACGCGAUUUCACGCCCUACGUUGGAAACGGCUAUCUGGGAUUGGAGAUUGCUCACGACGCCUUUCUGAACAUUAAAAAUGGAAGAGCCAUGCAGCUGCCCAUCCGCUUCCAGCCAGUGGUUUCCGUUUCUGGAGGAUCUGGUGGCGAAAAGGAAGCCACUGUCGUGGAGUAUUUGACUGGAAUGGUCCAUCGAUUCCAGUGCUUCGCUGGCUACUUUGUUUCCUACACAUACUACGCCCAUCGCACGCAGCCGAAUAUCUUCAUGCAGGAGCUGCAGAUCACGAACACCAGAAACCUUAUAGAGGACAUAGAGCUAAUCAUGCCACGCGUCAAUCUUCCAAAACUCACCAAGCGAACGGUGGCUCUAAGUGAACCCGCCUCAGUUGGAAUGUUCACCUACACCGAACUGGAGGUGCUGACGGGCGUACUACAGCCUUUGCCAGACAAUCCCAGUAAAUCCAUCGUAAUAAGCAUAGUGAAGCCCCAAAUGGAUUCCAAAUUGCAGCUGAGGAAGCGUGGCACAGUGCGCAUUGUAUACCCCAUAGUAGUGCAAUACUCCAAACCAGUGCCGGAGUCUCAAGUCAUGGACCUGAGCGAAACCAUCGGGCAGCAGGCCACACAGGCGAUGACCAAGCUUCUGCAAAAACUCGGCUCCAAGGCCUCGAAUCCGGGCUCCCAGAACAGCAUAAACACCUAUCGCCAAGAGCACAUCGAUGUGUGGACGGAUCUGUGGGCCACAGGUUUUACGAUAAGCACUUCCAAGGCGGAGAACAGCUUAAAUGGCGAUCGCAUUAAUGCCACUAUGUAUGCCGUUCUCUCGCAGGUGCGCAGCUUUGAGUUUGAAGAGUCGGGUGGCUCUAAAAAAGAGGAUAUAGCAAAGGCUCUGACCUACGCCGAAGGAUGCUACGAUUCGUACCACACGCUGCAGGCAGAGAAUCUUUGGCGAGAGAUGUCCAAUCUGCAGCAGCUAAAUUCCCUGGUUACAUCAUGGAUGCUAACUUUGGAAAAGCAAGGCUGCCACAAUCUCAUACGAGCUGGAGCAUCGGGCGUAAUCCAAGGCAUGGUCUUGAGCUUUGGCAGCUUUCGUUUUAGCAAUCAGCACCUGGAGUGCAACAUCCAUCCGAAGUUUCUGCACAGGGAUUUCCACUUCAGGCGCCUCAAUUACGGCAAUAAAACCCAUGUCAAUGUCACCAUCAUUGUAAAGGAUGACAACAAGGCGGUGAUUAAUGUGGCGCUGGAUCGUUCCGAUAGGAGCUAUUACGCCUGCGAUGGUGGCUGCCUAGAUGAGCCCGUGCUGCUCACGCCAAAUCGACGACAAUUCCCAGUUAAACUGACUGAGCCCCUGACAGCAAUAUUAUACAUAACAGAAGACAAACAGCACAUGGAAGAGCUGCACCAUGCCAUCCACGUCAAAGAAGUCGUCGAAGCUCCCGCCCAUGAGCAGCAUCUAAUUGCCCUGCAUCGGCAUGGACAUCAACUGGGAGGAUUGCCGACGCUUUUCUGGGUUUCCGUGUGUGCAAUAAUCAUAGUAUUCCACAUAUUCCUGUGCAAGCUCAUUAUCAAGGAAUACUGCGAACCGAGCGAUAAGUUAAGAUAUCGUUAUAACAAACCGUGAUCCUAGUUGUAUAUAAAAAUUGGAUGCUAGUAAAAUAUGAAAACUUAAUGAAAAUUGACAAAACACA